UUUGUGGGAGGGCUGAAACGGUAUGAGGAAUGAGAAUCGUAUUAAAGAAAGGAGGAGGGAUCGGAUUAGUAUUGAGUUGGGAAAGAUAAUGCAGUGUCUAUGCUCAGGGGAACAGUUACUUGGAGAAGAAAUGGUCCCUUCUUCUGAAUCUCUCGCAACAAAGGAUUAUACACACAGUGUUUAUUCAUCUCAAGCCGAAGAAGCUGAACGGAAACCUGACACUGGCAAUAUUGAAGAAGCUGAAUCAUCAUUACGAGAAAGUGGUUCUUUAAAUUAUGAGGAAGCCAGAGCGUUGUUAGGAAGGUAUGAGUAUCAGAAAGGGAACCUAGAAGCGGCCUUACACGUGUUUGAAGGGAUAGACAUUGCUGCAGUGACUCCAAAGAUGAAAACUGCGCUUUCUAUAAGAGGAGAAACUCGUAAAAGGCGGUCACAAAAGUUUGCACCACCACCAAUGUCAAUUCAUGCUGUUAGCUUGCUGUUUGAAGCAAUGCUCCUAAAAUCAAAAUCACUACAAGCAUUUGGGAGGUAUAAAGGUAGCUCGCUUCCAAUAUUUGCAUUUCUUGCUACUGCUCUCUCUCCUCCUCCCCCCCCCCUCUCUGACUGUAAAUUGCAGGAAACAAUAAACAAGGCUGUAGAGCUGCUUCCAGGAUUAUGGAAACUUGCUGAUCAUCCGAGUGAAGCUAUUUUGUCUUACCGUCGGGCCCUUCUACAUCAAUGGAACCUUGAUGCACAAAUUACGGCUAAGAUACAAAAAGAGUUUGCCAUUUUUCUUCUCUAUAGUGGAGUUGAAGCAAAUCCCCCAAGUCUGCAAUCCCAAAUGGACAGUUCUUUUGUCCCUAAAAACAAUACUGAGGAAGCUACUCUUCUUUUGAUAAUUCUUUUAAGGAAAUUUACCCUCAAGAGAAUUGAGUGGGAUCCAUCAAUUUUGGAUCACCUUUGCUAUGCAUUAUCUAUAUCAGGUGGAUUAAGGGCUUUAGCUAAUCAAGUGGAAGAGUUGCUGCCUGGGUUUUUACAACAGAAAGAAAGGUAUCAUAUAUUGGCUCUCUGUUACCAUGGAGAAGGCGACGACUUAUCUGCUCUGAAUUUAUGGAAAAAAAUGUUGAAAAGUCAUGAAGAUCCUACAUGUGUACCAGCUUUACUAUUUGCUUCAAAGAUAUGUGGGGAGAGCUCAAAAUUUGCAGAAGAUGGAGUUUCUUUUGCUUGCAGGGCAAUUGAGAGCUUGCAUGGAAGAUGUGACCAGUUGGCAGGUGUUGCCAAUUGCAUGCUAGGCAUCUCACAUUCGGCAAAUUCUAGAUCGUGUAUACAAGAUAGUGAGAGGGCUAAAAGACAAUCUGAGGCUCUCAAGUCCUUGGAAAUUGCUGGGAGAAUGACAAGAAUGGGCCACCCCAGUAUCGUUUACCACCUUUGUUUAGAAAAUGCCGAGCAAAGGAAGUUGGAUACGGCACUUCAGUAUGCAAAAUUUUUGCUUAAAUUGGAAGGCGGGUUUAACCUUAAAGGAUGGAUACUGUUGGCUCGAAUUUUAUCUGCUCAGAAACGUUUUCUUGAUGCUGAAAUCAUCAUUAAUGCAGCUCUGGAUCAGACUGGAAAAUGGGAUCAGGGAGAAUUGCUGCAAACUAAGGCUAAACUCCAAAUUGCACAGGAACUAGUGAAGGAGGCCAUAGAAACUUAUACUCAGCUUCUUGCUGUUCUUCAGGUUCAGAGGAAAACCUUUGGUUCAGGGAAGAAGCAAAAGGAAAACAGAAACCACCAUAAGAAUUUAGAGAUGGAAACAUGGCACGAUCUGGCUUCAAUCUACAUAAGAUUGUCCCAGUGGCGUGAUGCUGAGAUCUGUCUUUCUAAAUCUGAAGCAAUUAGUCCUUUCUCAGCUUCCCGAUGGCAGACAGCUGGAUUACUUCACGAAGCUAAGGGCCACCACAAAGAAGCACUGACAGCAUUUAUGCGUGCUCUGGAUAUUGAUCCAACGCACGUCCCCAGUCUAGUCUGCAAGGCAGUGCUUCUCGGACGGAUUGGUAGGUCGUCUUCGGCCAUUGUCCGGAGCCUUCUGACAGAAGCACUUAGACUCGACAGAAUGAAUACUUCAGCAUGGUAUAAUCUUGGCCUCCUUUACAAGGAUGAGGGUGAGGCAUUGGCAUUGGAGGCCGCUGAAUGUUUUGAGGCGGCUGCACUCCUCGAAGAGACGGAACCUGUGCAGCCUUUCAGAUGAUGAGCUAUUCUAUAAAUUUCAAUUCUCAUUGUAUUAUAUCGACCUGUUGAUUUCUGAAAAUAAAAAAAGUAUGAAUUUUGUUUUUGAAUCUUGUCUUGGUUAUGAGCUGCAUGUGUUCAUGAGCUACGUACAAUAAAUUCAAUGUUGACGCGAAUGUAGUUACAGAAGCAGUUCAAAAUUAAAAACCUUGUUCACAAAUAAGACUAUUGAGUCCCGGAGCCGUUUUGACUAGGCAAGAUGAGAAGUUGCCUAGCCUAUGCAAUUAAAGCAGAGCAGAUGGUACAAGUAAUCAACUCGGUCGAGCUGUCAGAGACGAAGAGCUCCGCAAAUGAUGAAUUUUUUGAGCAAUAUAGUAUGGACUAGGCUCUUAUGGCCCUUUACUUCUUGUAUUGUUAUGUUGAAUUUACUUAAAUGAUCUAUAAAUGUUUCGUUUCUAUUU